AACGUGCCUCCUGUGUAAUAAAACCUUAAAAAGGCUCUCUCUCUCUCUCUCUCUCUCUCUCUCAGAUUUAUUGAGUUUGAUUUCCUUCCAUAGUUAGCUCUCAAGCUGAAGACUUUCCCUCCUAUAAAUGUUGUUGUAGUUACUUAAACCAGUCACUAACUCUAUGGCCAAAUACACAUAACAUCAGGGCAAAUCAAAGUUUGCCUUUUAUUUUUCUUCCUCUCUCUACUUUUCUACUUUUUCUUUAUUACAUUUUUCAAGACUUGGGUGGCAGAGGGAUUGAAGCAGAGGAGAGCAAAGAUGAAGCUCUGGUGGGUUGGCAUUGUAAUAUCACUUGUUUUCAGCAAAUGGGUUAAUGGGUUUGUAGAGCACAGCUUUAAUGAAACAGAGCUGUCUUUCUUGGAGGCCUAUGGAGAAUCCAAGGUCGGAGCUAACUAUCUCAUGGUAGGGCUAACCCUCAUUCCAGGAGCUGGAGCCAAAAGAGCUGUCUGCUUGGAUGGAACCUUACCUGGGUAUCAUUUGCAUCGUGGAUACGGGUUAGGAGCAAAUAGUUGGCUCAUUCAAUUGGAGGGAGGAGGUUGGUGUAACAGCAUUAGAAAUUGUGUUUACCGAAAAACAACCAGGCGGGGAUCGUCAAGAUUCAUGGAAAAAAACAUAGCAUUUACUGGAAUACUAAGCAAUAAAGCUGAAGAAAAUCCUGAUUUUUUCAACUGGAACAGAGUAAAGCUUCGGUAUUGUGAUGGUGCUUCUUUUACUGGGGACGGUGAAGAUAAGGCCAGACAACUGCAAUUUAGAGGACAGCGUAUAUGGUUGUCUGCAAUGGAAGAUUUGAAGUCAAAGGGCAUGCGCUAUGCCAAGCAGGCUCUUCUUUCAGGUUGCUCUGCUGGCGGUCUGGCAGCUAUUUUGCACUGUGAUGAGUUCCGGGGCUUAUUUCCAAGAACUACAAAAGUGAAGUGCCUGAGUGAUGCUGGAUUGUUUCUUGAUGCGCCUGACGUUUCUGGUGGACGCACACUCAGGAAUUUAUAUAAUGGUGUUGUUGGCUUGCAGGGAGUGCAACAUAAUCUGCCACGGUUUUGCACUAACCACCUUGAUCCUACUUCGUGCUUCUUCCCACAGAACUUGAUUGCCAACAUCCAAACUCCAUUGUUUAUACUCAAUGCAGCAUACGAUUCAUGGCAGAUACAAUCCAGCUUAGCUCCAGCAUCAGCAGAUCCUGCCGGCUUCUGGCACGAAUGCAGAUUAAACCAUGCAAAAUGUACUCCAUCACAAAUCAAUUUCUUGCAAGGAUUCAGGAAUCAAAUGCUGAAUGCAGUAAAACGAUUCUCUAUGUCUAACAAAAAUGGGUUGUUUAUUAAUUCGUGUUUUGCGCAUUGCCAAACUGAGAGGCAGGAUACAUGGUUUGCUGAUAAUUCUCCAGUUAUUGGAAAGAAGGCAAUUGCAAUAGCUGUCGGAGAUUGGUAUUUUGACCGAACAAGUGUGAAGGCUGUUGAUUGUCCCUACCCUUGUGACAAUUCUUGCCACAAUCUGGUUUUCCAAAGAGCAAAUUAAUGGAUAGGCUCAUUACAUGGUCAACCCUUUGAGCCAACUUAAUUUUCUGUUACAUUACAUGAAAUAGCUUUAUAGUUCAUUUUUAUUUUCAGUCCAGAGCUUUAUGGUUCAAUUGAAAUCAAUAGAAGACAAUAAAACGGAAGGCUGCUGAGAAGUGCAAAAUGUCAUCAGCAAGCGUUUCGCAUUGAUGUAAUGUUUUGGUGAAAGCUCUUUAUAUCUUGGAUUAUGUUCCAAUAAACUCUUUCUUGUAUUAGCAAAUUAGUAGUUGGAGAGGUAGACAAAAGUCACUUUUCUAAGGUGUUAUUUUCCUCCACUCGCAAGAGUUUGUUGAUAGGUUUAUGUGAAAAUUCUGAUUCUGGGUUCUAUUUAGAAUUUUAUGUAAA